AUGGUGCUGUCCAAUGACAUCGAUCUGCUGCACCCGCCCGCGGAGUUGGAGAAGCGCAAGCACAAGAUGAAGCGGCUGGUGCCCACGCCCAACAGCUUCUUCAUGGAUGUCAAGUGCCAGGGAUGUUUCAGCAUCACGACGGUGGGGCAAGGCACGCCUCACCGAGGGUUGCUCCUUCCGCAAGAAGGGCGACUAAAUGAUGGUUGGAGGAAGUACAGCUUUUAA